UCACGGGCCGGACGUGACGUAGGGAGGGUUCCGGCUUCGGCCUCCGCCGCUGCCGCCGCUAGCACAGCCGCGGACGCCGCUGCUGCCGUCGGGGCUUGUUAUUUCUAAAAUGGCGCCCCUGGACUUGGACAAGUAUGUGGAGAUAGCGCGGCUGUGCAAAUACCUGCCGGAGAACGACCUGAAGCGGCUAUGUGACUAUGUUUGUGACCUCCUCUUGGAAGAGUCAAACGUCCAGCCAGUAUCAACACCAGUAACAGUGUGUGGAGACAUACAUGGACAGUUUUAUGACCUUUGUGAACUAUUCAGAACUGGAGGUCAGGUUCCUGACACAAACUACAUAUUUAUGGGUGAUUUUGUAGACAGAGGUUACUAUAGUUUGGAGACCUUCACUUACCUUCUUGCACUAAAGGCUAAAUGGCCUGAUCGUAUUACACUUUUGCGAGGAAAUCAUGAGAGUAGACAGAUUACACAGGUGUAUGGAUUUUAUGAUGAGUGCCAAACCAAAUACGGAAACGCUAAUGCUUGGAGAUACUGUACCAAAGUUUUUGACAUGCUCACAGUAGCAGCUUUAAUAGAUGAGCAGAUUUUGUGUGUUCAUGGUGGUUUAUCUCCUGAUAUCAAAACACUGGAUCAAAUUCGAACCAUUGAACGGAACCAGGAAAUUCCUCAUAAAGGAGCGUUUUGUGAUCUGGUUUGGUCAGAUCCUGAAGAUGUGGAUACUUGGGCAAUCAGUCCCCGAGGAGCAGGUUGGCUUUUUGGUGCAAAGGUCACAAAUGAGUUUGUUCAUAUCAACAACUUAAAGCUCAUCUGCAGAGCACACCAACUAGUGCAUGAAGGCUAUAAAUUUAUGUUUGAUGAGAAGCUGGUAACAGUAUGGUCUGCUCCUAAUUACUGUUAUCGUUGUGGAAAUAUUGCUUCGAUCAUGGUCUUCAAAGAUGUAAAUACAAGAGAACCAAAGUUAUUCCGGGCAGUUCCAGAUUCAGAACGUGUUAUUCCUCCCAGGACAACGACGCCGUAUUUCCUUUGAGGCCUUCGCCCAUCCUGCUGACCCAUUUUUCUGCCCUCUUACCCCAACUUUCGUGUAUUACCCUCUACAAUAUACUUUUUAUUAAGCACUUUGCUGCUGAAAUGCUGCCUCUUGCCUUUUUUUUUAAAUUUUAAAUUAUCUAAAUUUAUUGUUUGUUAUGGUGUCUAUAGCAAUGUUUUUCUAUCAGUUUUCUCCCCCAUCCCAUCCCCGCCUUGGACUCAUUUGAGAAGACUUGAGAAAUGUCUUAAUACUCACACUGCUGCAUGUAGCUCUUGCUUAUUUACUGGUCUACGGGAAACAGGAUGUUUCCUUUUUUAAAAAAGCCAAUUGACAGAACAGACUACACUGAAAUACUCCUCCUUUUGUAUUAUUCAGUCUUUUGUUUUAGUUUGGUAAGUUUUAAGAAAUUUCAGCAGCAAAGUUGUUAUUCAGUGGGCACGAUGGACUGCAAAUGCCUCGAGUUAUGUGUACCUGUCCCAGCUGUAAACUUCAUUUUCCUUUGUUGGAUGAUAUUUUAAAUGGAUAUAAAAUAAAUUGGUCUAAAGGGCUGCCCUCCUUGUUGUGUUUUUAAAUUUUAGUUUAAAAACUGCUACAGCUUAUGACUUUGUACAUUAAGAUAAUUGUAUUGAUCUGUUUUCAGAUUCCUUGUAUUUUUUAAUAAAGUAAUCUUAAAUAAAACCCAGAUAGGUUAAAGUGUUAGAAAUUUUAAACAGUGUACAUUGUUAGCUGCAAGUUAUUCUUUUUUUCUUUUUUCCUAAUCGGAGUUCUUGGCCCUUUGGUUAUUAAGUUUAAAACUUCAACUGAAAUUCCAUACUAUAUAUUUUAAAAACAAAUCACUAAACUGUGCCUAAAGAAAUAACUGCCAUAUUAAUGUUUUGGUUUAUAUCCUCUCUAGUAAUAGAAAAACAUUUAAUACUUGUAAUGCUGAUGUGUUCAUUUGAUACCAGUUGAGUAGAAUGUGAUCAAUCCAGUUUACAAUCUAUCAUGAGUAUCAUUAAGUAAAAUAUAUGUACUUUUCAAUAGGAAUCAUUCUUACUGUAACACUUGACCUUAACUUUUAGAAAGUGUUCAUUUUUUAACUGCAACUGGAAAGGUUGAAAAGUCAGGACUCUUGUUCUUGUGAACUGUAAUCUGAAGCAGAUUUUUAAAAGUGUUGAAAAAACCAAAUUGUCCUUUUUUGUAAAGGUCUGUGAUACUAUGUUUCGGCUUUGUGUAAGUAAUUUGAAUAUCCAAAGGGUUGUGAUGAUCAGUUCUUGAUAUGCAACUGUCCACUUAAUAAGGACAAGUGUUCCAGUGUCUCUUAUGAUUGUGGUCAUAAAUGAUGCUGGAAUUAACCAUUUUAUGAAAUAGUUGGUAUCCCUUUACUACUAUAAUUAAUUUUUGUCAUUCCAGGAAAUCUUUGUGAAGCCAGCCAAUUAAUAAAGCACUUUAGCAUCUGUUCAGGUAGUUUUGAAAACCAACUGUCCCCCUUCAGGAUAAGAACUUCCAGGUUACCUAAAAAUGCAAUAAAAAUCUUUAUAGUCUAAGCUUCUUGGCACAUAAUUUUUCAUCAGGGCUUUUCUUUCAUUAAGCGAGCACAAUAGUGUUUUGAUUUUUUCCUCCAACCACACAGCUCCUUGUGUAGUUUUUAAUUGUAUAGCUGUAAGAAAGAAGUGGCUAAGACAUUUGCUGCACACACUUGAACUGUUGGGUCAGUAGCUUUGUUUUACUGCCCUGACCCCAGUGUAAUUCAGGGGGAAAGGUAUUUUUAUCUUACAGGGAUAUGUAGCUAUGUAUUUUACUACUUGUGAAACACUGGAAAUUAAUGAUGCAGACAACUUGGUGUGGUCUUUGAACAGCUUUCUGCAGUAUUUUUUUUUUCUGUUACCAUAAAUUGUAUUUAAGUGCUUUCUCUCUUCUGCUUUUAAGUUGUACCAAUAAAAUUGGUAACCCUCAGCCCUUCCUUCCCAUUUGACACUCCUUAGCUUAGAUUGAUGUAGUUGUUUUAGUUACCCGUGUAAUGUGACUUUUACUUUUAAGUCAUGGUGUACUGCAUUUGUUUGUCACUAGUUGGGCAUGUGCCAAUAAUAUUCUGUCCAUUCCUUAAUUGCCAUCUCUGUUUUGCCUGAUUUUUUUCUCUUCAACUGAAUAAUGGCUUUUUGCAUGAAAAAAAAGUUUUUACUAUUAGACAUGUAAAGGGAAGAGAGAGUGAAUGUAUUGGACUCUGUAAGCCUAAAAGGAAUAUUUGGAUCCCUCUGAUAAAUAAGGGCUAUGUACUAUAUAGAGUAAUCAUGUGGUGGAAAAUACUUGCAAGUCAUAGAUUUGUAGGCAUGAGGCUCUGUUAUUCCCUGUAUCUAGGCUGAAUGUAAAAUCCCUUAUGUUGUAUUAAUGGGGGUAAUAACCAUUUUUAUUUGCCUAUGAUAUACUUGGUUUCUAAUAAAAUGUCCUAGGCUCUAGUGAGAACUGUCUACUUUUAAUUGCCAAUUACUCCCCUUUCCUCAUUUUCCUGCUACGCUCUUGGCUAGCUUUUCCGAGGUUAAUGCUUUUUCCUGAAAAAUCUCACAACUCUAAAUGUGUUCAUUUGGGUGUGAUCCUGAAAAGCCUGGGUCAAGAGCACAUCUUUAAUAUGCAACCUGCAUCAGCUCCUACUCUGUCCGGAUGUCUAGAACUGUUGGAAGAUUUUGAUGUCUUAAACCCUGUGUUUCACUUCUGAAAUAAGGUUUGAAAUAUUGUUCUUUGCAUUAAGAUUUGUGUGUUUUUGCGUUGUAAGCCCAGCACCAGGUUUUGGAAAAUGCCUGUACUGUGAAAGCAAAUCCGAACUCUUUCUGAGCCUCUUCCGUUGUCAGAAACAGAAUUGCUUUCCAUCAGCCUCCAAAAAAUUGUGUAUCUGGAGUCGAAGAGAUUUAACAGCAAGAAUCCAGAUUUUUAAAUGUACUUGUUUUCUAAAUGCUAAUGUUUGUAAAGCACCUUCAGUUCUUUGGAUGAAAGGUGCUAUAUUCUCUCUGUAAAUUAAUAAAAAGAUUAUAGGAAGUUUGGCAAAAAAAUUUAUCUAAUGCAGUCUGUCCCAACAAGAAGGUAGCAUUUUAUAUAACACAAUUUAAAAAUUAAAAAAUGCUUAUUCCUUCACUUAGUUGCUUGACUAGUAAACAGAAGUGAAACUUUUCUUGUUCUGCAUUUGACUCUUCAGUGUUCCAGUUCAUUGUUACGUCCUGGAUCCAGUGCCCAGAACCCAGCUUCAUGAGAUCAUCACAACUCUUUCAAUUGUGUAUUUAAACUGUGCAGUCAUGCUGAUGAAACAUACAGUAGUAAAACACCAAAAAGAAGCAUUUGGAAAGUCCUCUAGCAUGAAACCAAACACAGUAGAUGCUUGGAGAAGGAUCCUAUUCCCCUCUUACUAGUUUUCUGUUUCCUUGUUAAUCACUUGGUGAAUAUGUGCCUUUCGUAAGGCAUAUUACUCAUGAUAGUAAGCUUAUGCUGGCUUGGAUCAUUCAAAUGUUUUCUUAAUUCAAAAAUGCAUGAAAUUUAUGAAUUUUGUGUGCGUGUGUCAACAAAAAUAAUUAUUGUGUAAGUAUAUUCCACUCAGUCCCUGGGCAGCCACUGUUCUCAGCACUUUGCUUUUUUAUAUAAAUGGGAAUGGGUUAUAAAAGACUGUAUGGAGGCAAUGGAAUAGUGGAAAGAAUAUAGGCUUUGGGAUCAAUCUAGGUAAAAACCCCAGCUCUGACAGGCAGUAAUAGCAGCUAACCUGUAUUGAGCACACUUAGCUAAAUGCCGUACAUGCCCUAUUUUAUGUCACCCCUACUAUGGCUCAAUGACUGUAGUACCUUUUUUUUUUUUUUCUUCAGACAAGAAAACACACUUAGAGAUCAUAGGUAACUUGCCCAGGGUUGCACAAGAGAGCUGGAAUGUGAACCCCUUUAGGGCAUCCUAGAGUAGUACAUCUUAAGCAGUAUUGGUUAUUGUAGCUUUGUGACCUUGAGCAAGUUGGGUUUUCUGAAUCUUAAAAUUCUGUGUCUAAAAUAAGAAUGCUAUACAGGGUUGAUCUCAGGAUUAAAAAUAGCACAUAUAAAAUACCCAGUCCCUGGCCCAAAGCUGCCAUUUAUUGAGGGCCCACUUACAUAUCAUUUGCCCAAAUUCAGUGUAGUUGGGAAGUAAAAAUAAUCCAAGGCAAUAUAUAAUUGCUGACAUAGUGUAGUUUAUGUAAGUACAACAAAUUUGGAGAAGGAAAUGUUUGAGGUAAGGUGGAGUAAUUGGGGAAGACUUAAAAGAGGAAGUGUGAAAUGUAUACUAGAAUGAUGGGCCAUGUAUUUCAUAUAGUAAAAGCACAGAAAUGGGGAUUACUAGAACUUGGACAUGAUAUGAAGGUAAACUUGAGGGUACUCCUUGGGAAAGCGUAAGAAAUGAAUAGCUGCAGCUCUAUUGACAAUACCACGUAUCAGAGAGGCGUUGGCCAAUUGUGAAAGACCUUGAAAACCAAGCGGAUGAUUUUAAUUCAUAUAUAUAUUUUUUUCUUCUUUUUUGCGUUUCGCGGGCCUCACUGCUGCGGCCUCUCCCGUUGCGGAGCACAGGCUCCGGACGCGCAGGCUCAGCGGCCAUGGCUCACAGUCUCAGCGGCCAUGGCUCACGGGCCCAGCCGGUCCGCGGCACGCGGGACCCUCCCGGACCGGGGCACGAACCCGCGUCCCCUGCAUCGGCAGGCGGACUCCCAACCACUGCACCACCAGGGAAGCCCUUAAUUCAUAUUUUAAGAAACAUAAUGAGUGACAUUCAAGAUUAGUCUCCUAGUAAGUUGAUCCUCCCCACCAGGACUCCUCCUACCACAUCUCCCCUAGUCUUCUCUGACAAAUGAUUCUGAGGUUCUCUCUCUUUUCUGGCUUGGUGAUUAUAAGGGUGGAUAUUAUUUGUUGGUAUUGAGGGGAUUUAUGGUUCUGUUAUCUUGGGAUUAUGUAAAAUAUUAAUUUGGGGAGCCAACAGAUGUUCAACUUUUUGUUUUUCCUUGUCAAUGCCAUUUUAAAGGUCCCAUUACAAUUUACCAUCAUCAUCAUUUUAUAGAAGGAAAGAUGUAAAAAAAGCCAUCUCAGAAUAAAGGACAGCCCUUUACACCAAAUAAAUUCGGCUUUAUGAAAAA